AUGGAGAUGGAGCGCACGUACAUCAUGAUUAAGCCGGACGGGGUGCAGCGUGGCCUGGUCGGCAACAUCGUGCAGCGGUUCGAGCAGCGCGGCUACCAGCUGCAGGCGCUCAAGCUCUUCCAGGCGGACGAGGCGCUGCUGCGCCAGCACUACUGCGACCUCGUCGAGAAGAAGUUCUUCCCGGACCUGCUCUCAUACAUGCUUUCCGGGCCCGUCUGCUGCAUGGUUUGGCAGGGCGAGAAUGCGGUCAAGAUGGGCCGGCAGAUGCUCGGGGCGACAAACCCGCAGGAGUCGCUGCCCGGCACCAUCCGCGGAGACUUCUCCAUCGUCGUCGGCCGCAACAUCUGCCACGGCUCCGACUCGGCCGAGAACGCCGAAAAGGAGAUUGCGCUCUGGUUCAAGGACGGCGAGGUCGUCUCGUGGGAGGACCACUCCAAGGCGUGGGUCUACGAGUGA